AUGUUCACUCGGCUCGCCCCCGCUCAAGUCACCGCUCCCACGGCCACCGAACGAAACCGCGUCAGCCGCGGCGCCUCCGUCGUCACGAGAGUCCGCCCCGACGGCGGCGCGUGUCAAGAGACCGCGGGCGCGAAGAUGAACGUCGGUCGCCCGGUGUACACCGCGAUCACGCAAAAGCUCACGCGCGCGCUCGCCCCGACGGUUCUGAACGUCAUCGAUGAGAGCGCGAUGCACGCCGGGCACGUUGGGAACCCCUCGAGAGGGGAUCCGAGCGCGGAGACGCACUUUCGAGUGGAAAUCGUGAGCGACGCGUUCGAGGGCAAGCGACAGGUGAUGCGCCACAGGAUGAUUUACGACGCGCUGAGCGAGGAGAUGGAUAACCCGAUCCACGCUUUGCAGCUCAAGACGAAGACCCCGAGCGAGGUCUCGAGCGCGUGA